UACCCCCCCUUCUCUCACUUUUUUCUUCUUCUUCUUAGCUCUCUGCCCGCCCUAUACUUACACUACUGCGUACUAUUCCAUCUUCCAUUCUUCACACUUCAUUUCCACCCUCACCUCCGCCCUCUCGACACGUAUCACACUCACUUUGCUCAACAAAUCUAACGUCUCAACCUUUUUUUUGUCCCAAAUUCACUCACCUUUGUCACAAAAGUGGGUUCGUUGGGUUUAUUUCCUUGAACAAAAACACAACAGUUUCUGAAGUUAUUUGUAAGAUCAUAUAUAUAAGAUGUCUAGCCGAAGAUCGAGGCAGUCGGGGACUUCGAGGAUUUCCGACGAUCAGAUCAUCGACCUCGUUUCCAAGUUGCAGCAGCUCUUACCCGAGCUUCGCGCCCGUCGAUCCUCCAAGACAUGUGCAUCGAAAGUGUUGCAGGAAACGUGCAACUACAUAAAGAAUUUGCACAGAGAGGUUGACGAUCUGAGCGAGCGCCUCUCCCAACUCCUCUCCACCAUUGAUGCUGAAAGCCCGGAGGCUUCCAUCAUCAGGGGAUUGAUCACCUGAUCGAUCGAUCCCCCACCAUUAUCGAUAAUCUAUUAUUUCCUAUAUCAAUAAUAAUAAUUCAUAUAUACAUAUAUUCUCCAUUAUUGGAUAAUAAUAUAUAUAAAUAUAUCUUAAGUACUAUAUAAAUAUAAAUAUAAAUCCUCAGCUGGAAGUCAAGGAGAUAUCAACAUGUAUCCAUGCAACUGCUAGGUUGCCCAUGAGGGAAAUUGGUGGAUCCGGCCAGUAGAUGGAGCUGGUUAUUUCAUCGGACGGUCCAUAUUAAUUAAGCUAGUAUAGAUAGAAUAUUUAUGUUUUGUUAUAUAUAUAAUCCUUGUACCCUCUUCUUUAUUUCCUAAUGAUAUAUUGUACUAUUACCAAUGUAUUGAUUAUCCCACUGCACCUUUUAAUAUAUGAUAUGGAUAUUU